AACGCGGCACCAGAAGAAACGAAUCCCAGCUGUACAGACUUUGAAUCUUCUCAUCCGCAGAGCACCAUUCCAGCGCCUUGUUCGUGAGAUUGCUCAGGAUUUCAAGACCGAUCUUCGAUUCCAAUCUUCCGCUGUUAUGGCUCUUCAGGAGGCUGCCGAGGCUUACCUUGUCGGACUCCUCGAGGACACCAACUUGUGUGCCAUCCACGCUAAGCGAGUCACCAUCAUGCCAAAGGAUAUCCAAUUGGCCAGACGUAUCCGAGGAGAGCGCGCUUAAAUACCUUUUUUGGGACGAGUACGAGAGGUGCUUCCCAGUGGUGAACUCCGCUUGGAACAUGAGCCAAUUAUGAAGAUUCCGUUCCUUCCAAAGCGAAAGAAAGAUCCGUCUCGAAAAAUUCACCGCAAAAUGACAUGGUGGAUUGCGACCGGGAUCCCCGGAUGGUUCAAGGAUGAGAUCAUGCCACGUGCGAUGGAACUGGCAAAAGUCAAAUCGUAUACUGCUCACUACGAUAAUCACGGAGUCUUCCUCGAUACCUUCUCGAUGACAACAGAUCUUAUCGAGGACGAGAAAAAGAUCAAGGAUCGCAUCAUCGACUCUAUCAGAGCUCAGGUGCCAUCUUAUAUGCCUAUGAUCAAAUUGGUGGUCAGCAAAGCGUCUAUCUAAUUCUUGGAACCCCCCCGUGCUGCUGAUAAUGACUUUGACUUUUCUUUCAAAUUACCUCUCCUACUAUUCCCCUUUUUUCUGAAAGAUUUUCACAUCCCGAAUUUAAAUUAAAUCCCUUACUUUCAUCCAUCAGUUCAGUUUAUUGUCAGUUCACGUUCUUAUUUCAUAAAUUUUGUAAUUGAG